CCCUGCCUUUGUCUCUUUAACUGUUUUUAGCUGUGGACGUGGUGGUUUGUUGAGCUCGGAGGUAAUCGCAUGUUUGCUUAGUUGGGAGAAGGCCAAACCCCUGUUAAUUUUUCAUUUCCCUGAGAUUGACCGGUAAAAGUUUAGGGUUUAUUUUGUUUUGUGUGGUUUUUUGGUUGUUGUUAAAGUAUCUUUGGAAAUUACAGGAUACAGGUUACACAAAGCUCUUAACAAAGCUUGCCUGAAAUAAAAGCAGAUCUGACUUUCUGCCAAGCUUACUCCUAAGCCUGUCCUGGCCUUUGCACCUUUUAACACGGUUGCGUCUUGGCUGUUGCUCUUUGCAGGUUCAUGAGUGGCGUUUUGGACAGGGAGCCUGGUGUGGGAGCCCAGAGCCAGUUUGCUGAACUGCCAUCGUCCCAGCCCCACGAGCGUCCGGGAAGAUCUGUGGGUGCCCCCUCGUGCCAGCCCAGGGGAGGCAGCCCUGGAAGCCGUUCUCAAGAACUUUUGCCCCAGGUGUAAAAGAAUCCAGCCCCGCAAAGAUGCUGAAACAGAUCCUGUCGGAGAUGUACAUAGAUCCUGAUCUGCUGGCAGAGCUGAACGAGGAACAGAAACAGAUCCUGUUCUUCAAGAUGAGGGAGGAGCAGAUCCGCCGCUGGAAAGAAAGAGAAGCAGCGAUGGAAAAACAGGAGUCCUUGCCAGUGAAACCCAGACCAAAGAAAGACAAUGGCAAAUCCGUUCACUGGAAACUGGGAGCUGACAAGGAGGUCUGGGUCUGGGUGAUGGGCGAACACCACCUGGACAAACCCUACGACGUGAUCUGUGAUGAGAUCCUCGCGGAGAGGGCGAGGCUGAAGGCCGAGCAGGAGACGCAGGAGCUCAGAAAAGCUCAGCCCGGAGAGCUCAGCAGCAGCUCGAAACCAAAGCUGCCGUCCUGCGAGGGGCGGGCGCCCGGUGCCCGCGAGACCAGGAACGUGGGGGAGAAGGUGGCGGAGGCAGGGACGCCGGGCCGAGGCUGCAGGCCGGCUGCACCGCUUGCAGAGCAGAAAGCGCCCCUGUUCUCCAGGUCCUCAAGAAAUAUUCACCAAAUGCUGGCAGAUUCUGUCAGUCGCAUGAAGGAAUUCGGAUUUCACCAGAAGAAAGAAUCUGUGAAGAAAACACAAGAUGAAGAAAUAAAACAAAUAGAUGAAGAGAGAACCAAGCAGAUUUAUAAAAACUGGAAAGAAGAUUCAGAGUGGCAGGCCUCUUUGCGAAAAUCCAAAGCUGCUGAUGAGAAGCGGCGCUCCCUGGCCAAGCAGGCCCGCGAGGACUACAAGCGGCUGUCGCAGCGGGGGAAGAGCGGCACAGGACAGCAGGGCCCGCCGGGCGGCCCCCAGAAACCCAGGAGGCCCCCGCUCCCGCCCAAGCCUCGGUUCCUGGGCCCAGCAGGACAGCCACACACACCUCUCAGGAAUGAGAGAGUGGCGAGGCCGGCGUCCAGCCCAGCCCAGGAGGACAUCAGGCGCUGGUUCCAGGAGGAGCAGCUUCCUCUGCGGGCCGGCUACCUGACAGACUCGGACAGCAUCGCCCCCUGGUUCCACG